AACAGAGUUCUGUCCACAUUAUUAACAUUAGAGUCUCAGUUAGAUAAACUGUAUGCUUCACCUGAUCCUAAUGCUCCUGAAAGUGAAGUGAAAUUCAAGGCAGCUGUAUCAGAUUUAGCUGAUAGAGAAUUGGUCAUUACUAUUAGUUGGGCUAAACAAGUUCCAGGUUUCACCAGUUUAAAUUUAAGCGAUCAGAUGAAUUUAUUACAACACUCAUGGUUGGAAGUUUUAUGUUUAAAUUUGGUCUACAGAUCUUGUCCAUACAGUGGUUAUUUAUGUUUCGCUGAGGAUCUAAAAGUAGGCAGUGAUUUGGUGAAAACGUAUAACGUGCCACCCGAGUUUGAUAAUUUAACACGUAAACUAUGCAAGAAAUUCACCCUAUUGGGCGUGAGUAAAGAGGAAUAUGUCUUGCUCAAAGCCAUCACUCUUUGUAACAUAGAUGUGGUAGCAGAAGUGACUGAUACAGUACGUUGUCUACAAGAUAAACUACAAGACUCAUUAAUGGAGACUAUACGUCAGCGACAUGGUGGAGACAUGAAAAGAUUGGGACAAUUAUUUCUCCUUCUUCCACCUAUAACUCACAUCAAACUUCUAGCCAAGCAAUUCUGGUUUGACAUGAAAAAAGAGGGACGUGUAUUGAUGCAUAAAUUAUUUCUAGAAAUGCUCGAAGCUGAUUCUUGA